AUGGAUGAUGUGGUUAAGACACCGUUAAUUUGUAAAAAUUGUUCGCUUUCGGUGAAUGGUAGACUUUUCCAGAUUGAUCUUAUUUGUUUACCACUUAAGAAGGUUGAUGUGGUUUUGGGGAUGGAUUGGCUUUCUUCCAAUUCGGUGUUUAUUGGAUGUGAAGAGAAGUUAAUCAUCAUUCCAUCUAGUGAAGUUACUCCAAAGGAUGUAUUAACUACUAUCUUGGAAAGUACGAUUGUCAAGGUUAAUUUCUUAUUUGAGAAGGAAAAGCCAGUUCUCUUAGUUCUCACCAAGGAACCUAGUGACAAUCUGAAAGUUACUCAAAUUCCUAUCGUUUGUGAAUUUCCAGAAGUUUUCCUUGAGGAUGUCACUUCUCUUCCUCCUGAAAGGGGAGUGGAAUUCUCUAUUGAUCUGAUAACUGGGACGACUCCAAUAUCCGUUUCUCCGUAUCGUAUGGCGCCACUCGAGUUGAGAGAGUUGAAGGAUCAAUUGGAAGAGUUGUUAACCAAGCAUUUCAUCCAACCUAGUGUCUCACCAUGGGGAUCUCCAGUGUUACUAGUGAAGAAGAAGGACAGUAUAUGCGGUUGUGUAUUGAUUAUCGCCAGUUGA